GUAUGAAAAGUCCCACAGAGAGACAGAAGAGACCCACACAGUUGCACAUCUCAAAAAUCUGUCACAAAUCACACUUACACAGACUGUAUGGAUAUGAGUGGUAUAUACAAGGACCGCAUUUCUUCUCUCCUUUGUCUUCUCCGUUAGAUCCAUAAACUCCUUUCCUCCCUCCCUUCUGUUUGAGGUCAGAUCUGAGUAGAAACAUGAUCUACCCAGAACCCAUUGACCACUUCGAUCGAUUACCCGACUCAAUUCUCCUAUUCAUCUUAAACAACAUUGGAGAUGUCAAGGCUUUGGGUCGUUGCUCUCUCGUUUCAAGAAGGUUCCAUUCCUUAGUUCCUCAAGUUGACAACGUUCUUGUUCGCGUCGAUUGUGUUAUAUCCGAUGAUGAUUCUUCUUCUACCUCUUCUUCUUCUUCUUCUUCUGAUAAGUCCAGGCACCCCAUCUCCUCCCUUUUUCGUCUCGUCUUCUCUGGUCUUCUCAAACCCUUUCAAUCUAUCACUCAAUUCAUCUCCAUUUCACCUCGACGUGCUUCUUCUUCUUCCUCAGAUGUCGUUGAUGGUGAUGAUUUUGAUAAGAACUCCGUGACCCAUCACUCCCCUACUCAAGUUCUUAAGAAUUUUAACGAGAUUAAGUUUCUUAGAAUUGAAUUGCCUAGUGGUGAGCUCGGGAUAGACGAGGGUGUGUUGUUGAAAUGGAGAGCUGAUUUUGGAUCAACCCUCGAUAGUUGUAUUAUACUUGGUGCCUCUUCAGUGAUUCAACCUGUAACUAGUACCGCUGCUUGUAGUCUUCCGAUCAUUGAUGGAAUUGGAGAAAACGAUAAUGGGAGCAUACCCGAUUCGUUUUACACGAAUGGGGGAUUGAAGCUGCGGGUGGUGUGGACUAUUAGUUCCUUAAUUGCAGCUUCCGCAAGGCACUAUCUGCUGCAGCCCAUAAUCGCGGAGCACAAAACUCUGGAUAGUUUGGUUUUGGCAGAUGCAGAUGGGCAAGGAGUGCUGUGUAUGAACAAAGAGCAACUGGAGGAGCUGAGAGUGAAGCCUCUCUCAGCUUCAUCGGCCUCCAAAAGGACUUUGGUUCCGGCACUCAAUAUGCGGUUGUGGUAUGCCGCACAUUUAGAAUUACCUGAUGGUACAGUGAUCAAAGGAGCAACUUUGGUGGCAAUUAGGCCGAGUGAGCAGCCCAAGAAAGAGGUAGUUGGGGCAGAUGGGAAUUGGGUGGCAGCUGCAUUUAAGGAGCCUUAUGGGACAGCUGCUAGGAUGUUGGUGAAAAGAAGGACUUACUGUCUGGAGAUGAACUCAUUUUGACUAUGGAAUUAAUGCUGUUUGGAUAGCUUCGUGGAUGCAUUUCUGAGGGAAGAAGUUGGAUCAAACUAAUACUUGAAAGCAGAGGAAAAGGCUAAAAGCACGAUUCUAGUAUGAGCUAUGCUAGCUUACCCUGAAUUAAGGCAGCAUUGCUUCUGGAGAUAAAAUACGAUGCAGUCAUUGAUGAGCUUUGGAUCAGCCAGUGUCACUUUGGAAAGAUGGAGGAUAGGCAUCUGUUUUUGUUAUAAUUUUGAGCGUGUGCUUCUAUGAGUGCACAAAUUGCCUCUGGAAGAUGUUAUGAGAGCUUUGUGCCUUUGACUUUGUAGCCACACUCAUUUGAUAGUUACCCUCUCUGUGAAUAUUGUAGUUAUGCAUAAUGUUAUGUGAUGUCGUGUACCUUAAGGUUCAUGAAUAACCAAA